UUCAUUCACUAUGUAUAUUUCAUAUUCUGAAAUAUACCCGUGGUUGCCUAGUACGGACUGGCGCCCUCUAUGUGUAGAUGGCGCAUGUAAGAGUAAUGAGUAAUGUGUGUUGCCUAGAUGUUACUUAUGCAUGAGGCCGCCACUGCGUGAAUUGUGUUUACAUUGUUCCGUUUAAAGAUACUCCAACAAACAAUUCAACAAAUUUGAUAAGCUAUGGACCCACAAACCACCGAUACACAACCAAAAACUAAACAGAAACCAGAUUACGACGAUUCAGUUGACAUAAAAAAAAUGAAACAGGGAAUGUCGUAUUCGAAAAAAGAAAAGACUAUUAUAUUAAACGUAUUCAAAUAUUUUCGUGCGGAAUAUUCGGACAAAUGUGUUACGGAAAUUGUCCGUAGGACGUCCAGAGCAACUGGGUGCAGCGAGAAGAGUAUAUUCAUGUUCAGAAAGGAGGAGAAGACAGGAUUCAAAGAACCAAGCAAAACGAAAAUAAGGAAGAACAUAAACAUCAACAGUCGUUUCAUAAAAUAUGACGAGACGGUCAGGCAAUCAAUCAGAAAGAUAAUCUAUGAUUUGAAGUACAAGAACAUAGUUCCUAGUCUCAAUACCAUAUUGAAAAGUGUUAAUGGUGAUGAAAGUCUGCCAGAUUUUAGUCUGAUGACUUUGAGGAGGUUGCUGUUCGAUAUGGGAUUUUACUAUGAGAAAGAUGGCAGGAAAUCCAUACUCAUGGAGAAUAAUCCACAACAAGCUAAACCAACUGAAUGUUUAAUAAACAAUGAGCAAUCAAAGCCUGACUCACAAUUACCACAACCAAACCACAUGUUGAAUCAUAUACCACAACUUCCGGUGCAACAUGAUAUCCAUAAUCCACAUAUGAGAAUGCCAAAUCAAAUUAUUCAAUAUCAAAAUGUUCAAAACAUGGACAUUAGGCCUAGCUAUCACAUUAUGCAACAAGGGAUUUAUUCUUAAAAUGUUAAUUGUGGAUUAUUUAUUAAGGAAGAUGCCAAAACCUACAGAUUUUUGACAAUAAUAUAAGAAUAUUUUAUACAACUUUUUGUAUAAUCAGUAUUUUGUUUAAAUUGUAUUGUUCUAUAUUAACAAUACAUUUGUAAAUUAAUGA